CACACUACCCGCAGUGAAUUUAACUGCUCAAGGUCGUCGGGGCGACGCAGCGAAUCCCAACCACAAGUUGACGUUUACUGCCCACACCUUUGGUUUACAAAUGCUUGAAAUACUACAGGUACGACCCACGUCGUCCUUAUAAAAGACCCAUUUUAGCGCUUCAGACUUUUAAAAGCUCUUCCCAGAUUAGUGCAUACCUAUGUACAUCCAAUUCAAACGAUUACAAAUAAACAACAAUUGAUAAGCUCACAUAACAUAACGAAUUUCCAACCCAAGUCUGCUGAUACUAAGUCUAUCCUUCCUGACUCUGUCAAACUAGUCAAUCACGGCAUAAGUGAAUUUAAAACACCUAUUGUGAACACUAUCGUAUUGAGCCAAUCCAUUACAUUGCCAUCUCUACCAAAUGCUAUUCCCAUCAAAUUAAAAAAUGAUAUCAAAAUUCGCAGGCGAAAAAUGAAGAGACAUCAGAAGAAAAGGUUACAUAGACGUCAUGCUGUGUUGAUACGAAAGGAACAGAUGAUGCGUGAAAAAAAAGAGGAAAGCAAAUUACAACAGUUGCUUGAAUUUUGGAAGAUUCGUUCAGAAUCAUGGGAUCCGGUCGAUAAGGUGAAAAAUCGAUUGCAUUUAGCGAGAAGAUCCGGUUAUUACGUAGAUAUACUUAGUACUAAAGGCAGUCCAUUUUCUAAAGAAUAAAUGUUUAGUACUAAAUCUUACUUUCUUGAUUCCCCAUAUGUUUACGUGAAUAAAUUGUAAAAAUCUACGUUUUAGGAACCAGAAGGUCGGCUACAUACCAAAGAUUUAUCGAAUCCUAUACAUGCGUCGAAAUGCGGUCAAGAAGCGUUGCAGGAUAUGUUAAGCGGGUUGAGAGACUUAAUGUUGCUGUUCUACGCGUGCAUGGAUCCUAAAACCCGAGGAGUCAGUACUCACCAAGCAUCUAUCGCUGGACCACAAUGCGUCGAAACGUUGCAGCACAUGAAAAGCAACAAAGAACUUCUUCACCAGGCCUUUCAUGUAGUAAAAGAAAGUUGUGACCGCUUACUUCCUGCUGACGUUUCUGAUCUUGUCCCCUAUGUGGAUACCCCGAUAAUGAACAGAGAACCAAGUCUUGAAUUAAAGCAACUAAUUAUAGCUCGUGAAAAAGUAAUCAAAAGGUUGCUAACAGUAACAGAAGAACUCGAAAAACUACGUCGCAUUUUAACAAAGACAGUGUGGGAACUCAAUGACCUUACUGACCCAAAUGUUCAGAAAUUUUGACUACUAUUUUGUCUAGCAUUUGUAUUUUGCUUAUCUGAGACAGACAAAUAAAUGCAAGUUGUUCAUUCUUUA